CGAUCACAGUCGGUGGUGCACGUUCCACGAUCAAGCUCACUGUGGUAGUUACUCUGGACGUUCACAAAUAAUCUAUAACCUUCUGAGAACAAGAAGCAGGUUAGUCCUAAAACAAAACAACGAUAGAAACGAAAUAAUAAAUCUGUUUUUACUCAUAUCUUGGCAGUUUUGACGGGGAUUUCAUUGUUAGUCAGGCCAUAAUGAAUCGAGCGAUCGAUGGUCUCAGAGUACUGGUUUUAAAUAGUCAGAGUUAUAAUUAUUCGUUGUUUAUUUCUAGGCUCAUGAAGCCAGAACGUCCGCUCAUCCCUUAAAAACCUCGAACUUAAAGUUAAUAGGGCACUUUUUAUAUUUUGUUUUAUUGUUUUAUCUGUGUGUUAAAAUACACAUAUUUUCUUGCGAUCUCUGCAGUGGCCAAGCGCGUACACAGGCAAAUAUUCUUACAUUUUUUUUCUAAAACCUUUAGAAACGCAAACAGAAGGUCAUAGAGAGAAGACGUCACUGGUUAUAAGGCGCUUACUGAAGGAUCUUACAUCGGGAGGAACAAAUAUAGCACGAUCCGUAAAGGUAUGCGUUCUAGAUCUUUGGCCUAAAAUAACGUGCACUCGAGAAUUUUAAAAAUAUGUCGUCAAUGUAGAUUAGAUGUUGAACAGUCACGAAAAAAGAAAUGCUCGCAAUAGCGUGAAAUACUCAUAGCAAUAAUAAUAAACAGUUCAAUAGGAAAUCCAAAACGCGUCCAGUACUUAACAGUUAUUGGACGAGGUUGAGCAAAAUAUCGUGAUUUGUCAGUGGCGAGUUGCCUAGUCCCUGUAAGGCGUUUUCCCAGUCUCUAUUGGUCAAUUCACUUCGGUGACGUGUCGGAGGCGAACGGACGGGAUACAUGUUCGCUUGGACCACGUGACCCGGAACGCUUUGGCCGCGCGGCCGGAAUAAUGAGCGAAGCGAAGCGAUCUGCCAUUUUCACACGAGAGCGAUCGCAAGAAGGAGAAAAAGCGUGGUUUCGUUUACGCAUACGCAGAAUAUUAUUUGCAGCCAGACACUUAUUUGCAGCCACGACGUUGCGCAUGAGCAGACCAUUAUUAGACCAGCUUUUAGCAUAAUUUUGAUGGCAAUAAUGGGACUUUGUACUUUUUAUUGUCUUACCUAGCAUUUAUAUUGUUUAGUAUAGUUUUAAUUUAGUGACAGGCCUCGUCUGAAAACCACCCGUGGUAAGCAGUUAUUUGCGGGUCACGUGGUGGGCUCUCAGCCAAUGAAAAGAAAGAAAAAUGAAUGAUGAUUAAACUUUCCUCGUUUUGAUACUUUUGUGGUUAAAAAGAAUGUUCCAAGUUGUAUUGAGCAACCAAUACCUUUUGCUGUUGGAAUAUUGGAAACGGGGAUUAAGGACAGAGCGGUAGGGACUGCGGAUCAAUGAUAGGUUUCAGUUUUGUCGCAUUGGAAUGUCUUGUUUUAUUUGAAAUUUGGGGCCUUUACGUACAUACCUCACGAUCUAACAAAAAAAAAACGUUAAAGUGGCGAGGAUGUCUCGAGGAUAUUGCUACGCUGAAGUCAUAAUCUUAGCCUGUUUGUCCUGUUUCAAACGUCGUGCUGCCGCGGCUGUCGUUUUAAGCGGGCUCGACUUCAGCACGACUCUAGCACGAAUGUAUCGAAUUUAACUCAGUCGAAUAAAAGAGCUGUUGCACAAAACAAAAUUUAAAAAUAAAAGGCGGUUUAGUGAAGUCCUGAGUAAAUAUAGUAUUCUAAUGUAUUUAUAAUAAAUUUAUGAAUUGAGUUCGGUAUGGCAGUAGCACAAUGUUUGAAACCGAGUCGUUCUACUGCCGUGUGGCACGGCAAAGUGCUUAAGUCGAAUUUAAUUCCAUUAAUUGAGUUCGGCACAGCAGUAGCACAGCGUUUGAAACAGGAAUUAGUCAUACAACUUUAGCCAUACACAAAAUACUCUUGUGGAGUUGUGAAGAAGUUAUGAAACAAAUUACACCAGGGACAACUACCCAUAAUAUUGUCUUUGGUGACUUUUGCAGGUAUGACAUAUAAACCUCAAAAACGUUGGGUUUCAAUCCAUGUCCAUCUUUGCCAUCUGUAGCCACAAAUGAUAGGAAACAGUCGAUGCCUAAAUAUAGUCUCAGAUGAAAAACUUGAACCGUUUAGAAUUCGAGUGAUGCGCAGACACGUUUUACCUUUCCAAGGAGAGAGCAAAUAGCGUUCCAUAGCUCCUUUAAUAGUAGACUCCUUAAUGGUAAAACGGCAAAAUACUCGCACAGCUGUUUUGGUCGGACGCAAUGAUUAUUCGUGAAAACAAUCUCAUAACGGAUCACUUCAAGCCAUUAAGCCCUUCGUGAUAUAAAUAAGAAUUUCAAGAACAAUAUUGACUGAUUACUUUUAUACCGGACUUUUGCCACCCUUCUAGAUCCAACCUGUCCCUUUCUGAGAAAUAAAGAAACAACAAAUGAACACGAGAGACAAACAUCCUAAAGAAGGUCUGGGGACGACAAAAGAACCAGACAUCGAAGAUUUUAAAACUACCGAAAAUCAAACGAAGAGUACAGUAGCUGCUUUAAAAGGUAACGGUCAUUUUGAAGAUGGACGUUUUAAAGAGGCGGUCAAAUUAUACACAGAAGCUCUUGAGGCAAGCAAAGAGGCCCAAAAUCAAGACCCGCGGUUGCUUAUCAAUCGAGCAACUGCUCUCCUUAGACUAGGAAAAUAUGAAGAAUGUCUUCAAGAUUCCGAUGAGUAUAUCCGCAUGCUGCCAAACUGCUGGAAAGGACACAUAAGGAAAGCAUUGGCUCUAAAGGGGCUCAGAAAGGCACUCCUGUCUGCAUGCUCUGCAGCCAUUGCAUACUACCACGACGCCGAUCGUUGUCGAAGAUAUGAAGCCUUCCAUAACGCUUUUAAAGAUACAGAGAACAUCUGGGCGGCGAUAGGCUCUUCUGAAUCCUUGAGGAAUACUUUAACACGAAAUGAUAAUCCAUUUGCAAAAAAGAAAAUUCUUUUGUUGCAAGGUGCAAAGUAUGAGGUAAGCCAAGUUCCACGGCUCAAGCUGUACAUCAGUCUGGUUGCUCUAACAAAAGACCAACCUGCUAUGUUCAGGACUGAAUUACUUUACAUCAGCAGCAAUUGCUGUUUUGAGAACAUUAACUUUGAAACGAAAGAUGGUGUGCUCGUUCCGCCUGGAGUGAAGGCAGAAUUUGAUCGAUGCAAGUUUCAGUGCGCUUCAUCUGAAAAACCGGCCAUUCAAGUCGGAGGGACAGCUUCUUUCGUUAAGUGUGAAAUAAGCAACAGCAAAGGUGGUGGAAUAAUAGUGGGUGGGGGACCAAACGCUCUGGCUUCUUUCACAAAAUGCCGCGUUUUUGGAAACGGAGCCACGCCUAGAUAUUCGUCCGGUAUAAGAGUUUACGAGAAUGGGACUGCAGUUGUCCAGGACUGUGUAAUUUACGGAAACUCAGAAGGAAUACACAUCUAUGGAAGCCCACAAUACGUCUUGCCCAAGGAAGUCAAAGUAACUGGGUGUGAAAUUUAUGACAACAAAUUCGAGGGUAUUAUCGUGGUUGGUGCUCCGAAUGCGCUCGCUUCAUCCGUGACAAUCCAAGAGAACAAGAUCUACCAGAAUGGUGGAUAUGGUGUUCGCGUAUCACUUUGUGUCAAUGAUCUACUUUUUCAAAGGAAUAUAGUAUUUGAAAAUGCCUGGUGGGGAAUUUGGGUGCAGUGCAACUCGGGUGGCAAGUACAGAGGUAACCAGAUUUGUAACAAUAAGAUGGGCGGAUUAAGAGCUGGCAAGCAAAGCCCAGAAAAGAUAGCCUGUGUAGUGGAGAAUAACGUUAUCCAUGACAACGGUGGGCCGGCCUUUCACGAAGAAUUGCGAUAUUUCGAAGGAUAUGCGUUCCCGGUUCAGUUGCAAGACAUCAUUGAAAGACAGUAUGUAGAAAAACACAUGAAACUGUUCGGAUUCCGUGAAGGAGUGGAAUUGCCCAUGGGAUCAGAUGUUCCUCUUCCCGUCAUGGUAACAGCAAGUUUUAAGUCCAACAAUCAGUGUUUCCAGAACGGAAUUGAGCGAGACCAAUCGAGACAGUCCACAUGCAAGUCAAAGUGUUCCUUUUGCUUUCGAUUAGAUGUGGAGUUAGAGUUUUGUGAUCAUUGCGGUGUAACCAUGUAUUGUGGAAAGGAAUGCCAGGCAUUGCAUUGGAAAAGGCACAAGUACGUCUGUCAAGCUGCUGGUCAAAGAAAUUUCAUCGACGUUUGCAUCCCGAUAGAUCAGCCGCCUCCCAUUCAUUCCCGCGUUUCUUCACUUCAUCCAGGUCUUGAGUCCACAAACCCAACCUCUGCAUCUCCUCCGCCUAAAGAUGGAGGGCGUUUCAUUGUAAAAUUACAAACACACGAUGGAUGCGUGAAUGCCCAAACAUUUGACUCCAAAGGAUACACCAGCAAUGAUUUCGAUCCACAAAAGGCCACCGUAAUUGUGUACGAUCACAGCCGUUCUGUCGAGUUCGAAAUUUCGGAUAGACCCAAAAUUUAUUAUUUAAUUCUCGAGUAUGGAAUUCUGGGAGCUAGCCUGUACCUCAGCAAGAAAUUGUAUUGCUGGGCAGCUUUCAAAGACGAUGAAACGCUUCGAAUUUUUACUCGUGACUUUCCAGCAGCACAGAACUGGUAA